AGGCGUAUUGUCAGUCUUUCUUGGCUGUGCUGCGCGUAUCUCCCGGCGUUGUUUCAGGAGCUGAAGACACACCUCGUCGUUCACGCGGUUCUGCAAAAUGAAACGAGUUUGGGCGAUAGGUCUCCUCUUUGCACUCGUUGCCUUUGCUGCUGUGAAGGCGGAGGAUGAGCUGGACGUCGACGGGGUGGUGGAGGAGGACUUUGGUAAAAGCAGAGAUGCCUCCAGAACAGAUGAUGAGGUGGUACAGAGAGAGGAGGAGGCUAUCCAGCUGGAUGGUUUGAAUGCAGCUCAGAUAAAGGAAAUCCGAGAGAAGUCUGAAAAACACGUCUUCCAGGCAGAAGUCAACCGAAUGAUGAAGCUGAUUAUCAACUCCCUCUACAAGAACAAGGAGAUCUUUCUUAGGGAGCUCAUUUCCAACGCUUCGGAUGCUCUGGAUAAGAUCCGCUUGUUGUCUCUGACCAAUGACGAGGCAAUGGCCUCCAAUGAAGAGCUGACCAUAAAAAUAAAGUCUGAUAAGGAGAAGAACAUGCUUCACAUCACUGACACUGGCGUUGGAAUGACAAAAGAAGAUCUGGUGAAGAACUUGGGCACCAUUGCCAAGUCUGGCACCAGCGAGUUCCUCAACAAGAUGUCAGACAUGCAGACUGAGGACCAAUCCACCUCGGAGCUUAUUGGCCAAUUUGGUGUGGGUUUCUACUCUGCGUUCCUCAUCGCCGACAAAGUCAUCGUGACAUCCAAACACAAUAACGACACCCAGCACAUCUGGGAGUCCGACUCCAAUCAGUUCUCCGUUAUUGAGGACCCCCGCGGAGACACACUGGGCAGAGGAACCACCAUCACACUGGUCCUGAAAGAGGAGGCCUCCGACUAUCUCGAGUUGGAGACCAUUAAAAACCUCGUCAAGAAAUACUCCCAGUUCAUCAACUUCCCCAUCUACGUCUGGGCUAGCAAGACUGAGACGGUUGAGGAGCCCAUUGAGGAAGAUGCUGAAGCAGCAGAGGAACCAGAGAAAGAGGUUGCUGAGGAGGAGGCAGAGGUAGAGGUGGAAGACAAAGACAAGCCCAAGACUAAGAAGGUUGCGAAGACUGUGUGGGACUGGGAACUAAUGAAUGACAUCAAGCCCAUCUGGCAGAGACCAGCCAAGGAGGUCGAGGAGGAAGAGUACAAGGCUUUCUACAAAACCUUCUCCAAGGACUCUGAUGACCCUCUGGCCCACAUCCACUUCACGGCCGAGGGGGAGGUGACCUUCAGAUCCAUCCUGUUCGUACCCACGGCAGCGCCCCGCGGCCUGUUUGACGAGUACGGCUCCAAGAAGAACGACUACAUCAAGCUGUUUGUAAGGAGGGUUUUCAUCACUGACGACUUCAACGACAUGAUGCCCAAGUACCUGAACUUUGUGAAGGGAGUGGUCGACUCUGAUGACCUUCCCCUGAAUGUGUCAAGAGAGACUCUGCAGCAACACAAACUGCUCAAGGUUAUCCGCAAGAAGCUGGUGCGCAAGUCUUUGGACAUGAUAAAGAAGAUUGCAGAGGCGCAGUACAACGAGAAGUUUUGGAAGGAGUUCGGAACCAACAUCAAACUGGGCGUCAUUGAGGAUCACUCCAACAGGACCCGUCUGGCCAAGCUGCUGCGCUUCCAGACCUCCAACAGCGACACAGAGGUGGCCAGCCUGGAGCAGUACGUGGAGCGCAUGAAGGAGAAGCAGGACAAGAUCUACUUUAUAGCUGGUACCAGCAGGAAGGAGGCCGAGUCUUCUCCUUUCGUGGAGCGGCUGCUGAAGAAAAGCUACGAGGUGAUCUACCUGACGGAGCCAGUGGACGAGUACUGCAUCCAGGCACUGCCCGAGUUUGACGGAAAGCGCUUUCAGAACGUCGCAAAGGAGGGCGUGAAAUUUGAUGAGAGUGAUAAGACCAAGGAGAAGAGAGAGGCCCUGGAGAAGGAGUACGAGCCUCUCACCACCUGGCUGAAGGAUAAGGCCCUGAAGGACAUGAUCGAGAAGGCUGUCGUCUCUCAGAGGCUGACCAACUCCCCCUGCGCUCUGGUUGCUAGUCAGUACGGCUGGUCAGGAAACAUGGAGAGGAUCAUGAAGGCACAGGCUUACCAGACCGGAAAAGACAUUUCCACAAACUAUUAUGCCAGCCAGAAGAAAACCUUAGAAAUCAACCCCAAACAUCCUCUGAUCAAGCAGAUGCUCAACAGAGUCCAUGAUGAUGCUGAGGACCAGACUGCGUCAGAUCUGGCGGUUGUCCUGUUUGAGACGGCCACGCUGCGCUCCGGCUACCAGCUGGCUGACACAAAGGUCUACGGAGAGAGGAUAGAGCGCAUGCUGCGACUCAGCAUGAACGUAGCUCUGGACGAACAGAUUGAGGAGGAACCGGAAGAGGAGCCAGAGGAGGAGGAAGAGCCAGCAGAGGACGACUAUGAAGAUAAAGAACAAAUUGUAGAUGACAAAGAAGAAGAGGAAACGACAAAAUUUGACAAAACUGAACUGUGAAGCACUGAAUGAAAAGCGUGAAAAGAGCUGGAAUUGGAUCUCUCUCUCCAGCUCUCUUCAUCCACCCGUCACGUCCUCCUCCAGCUCCGCAGUCCCACCACAAACCACAGCCCUGGUUCCACAGAGCCCGAGCCCAGACCUUGUGUCUACAUUGACCAAAGCUAUGAGCCAGAACUUCAGCAUCCAGCAACAGGCCAGCACCCACCAGACCUGAUCGAGGGACUGGUAAGCAACAAAUACCAGUACCCCUAGGAGUCCUGGUAUCCUGAGAGUGUCUGUACUCAAAUCCCAAAUCUCAUUUUUAUGCCAACAGCAACAGUGCUGCGGAAAACAGAAAGAAAUACUAAAUACGAUGUUGAUGUUGAAGAGUCUAAAACCUGUUUGUUCUUAUGUGUAUUUCUGAGACAAAUAGAGACGUGGAGGCCUGAGGACCAGGGGUCUGUGGGGGGACAAAAUGAAUGGAGCAGGGAGGAGGCCUUCAAAAGACGAGAUGGUGUUUGGAUGGAGGAGAGCCAGGGGAGGACAGGCGGAGGUGGUGGAUCCCUCUUCAAUGGACAGCAGGUCGUGUGCAAACAAACACACAGCCAGAGGCUGAUGGGGAACAGGGGAGAAAUAAAAUAAAAGCGAGAUAAAAGAAAUAAAUUAACUUGAAUGGUAGAGGAUGUAAGGUGGUAUUUUUGUGCAAUUCCGGAAGGACACAGAACUGCUAUUUUUAUCCCCAGGUUGAAUGAAUAAAGAAAAUACAUUAAUAAA